AACAAAUACACCCGAAUAAAGGUGUACAAACGCCUAUUGUUAAAUUCCAUUGCAACGCUAAGGAUUGUUUGAUUGUCCACAUUCCAAAAAUAUCUCCUUAGGUGUCAUUUAGUUCUACAUUGUUAUCGGUGGUGGCUCUUAAAAUGGAUUCAAUACACAUAGUAUUUCUCGUUCUUGCUACAUGUAUACCUAUACACGUGAAAGGAUUCGUCUGCGAGAAUAGCACGUACUGCAUGACAUCACUGAUAAUCGAAAAUGCGUUUACAAUGAUUGAUCCCACCAGUGGACCGCUUUAUGUCGACGACAGAUCGCUUUACCCAAUAGAUGGUGGAGAAGCUGUUAACAUUUCGAAUGUGAUAUCUGCGGACGGAUGGAAUAAAACACGAAGGCUGGUGACUGCUAAUGGCACUAUGCCAGGACCUCCAAUCUACCUAUACCAGAACCAGAGGAUUACCGUUAUUGUGACGAACAACUUGAUAAACGAGGCGGUCACCAUCCACUGGCACGGAAUAGACCAACUUGGAUGGCCCGCAAUGGACGGAGUGGCGUUUGUAACGCAAUGUCCUAUUCUUCCGGGCCAGUCAUUCAACUAUACGUUUCAGCCUCGGUUUAGUGGUACGUACUGGUACCAUUCACACGUCGGCAACCAGAGAGACAUGGGAAUGUAUGGAGCUUUCAUCGUUCUGAAAAGAAACAAUGAAAUACCAAUUUCAAGGCAACAUAUCAUUCAGUUACAAGAAUGGAAUCAUCUGUACGAUCCAGUAACAUUGCUGAGGGCAAAACUUAAUGGCAAAGACAAGGAAGGAGUAUCGAUCUUGAUAAAUGGCAGAGGUGAUUUUGACAAUAAUGUGGCACCUCUAGCAUCUUUCGUCGUUGAUAAGGGAGAAAAUUACAAAUUCCGAUUGAUAGGAGUAGGAUCGAAAGACACAUUUCUUUUUUCUGUACCUGGUUUACGCCUUAUUGUUAAGGAGACCGAUGGCUAUGAAUUUGAAAAACGAACAGUUGAUAGAAUCAUUAUAUAUCCUGCAGAAAGAUAUGAUUUUGAACUAGAUCUCAGUUACGCUAGUGAGGGGAUAUACAAUAUCACAGUAUAUAUCCUCCAAGGCAGUGAUCUAAAAGUCCAAGAUAAACUUGUCGGACGUGGUCAUAUCAAUGUAACAAAUAAAUAUUCCUUACGAGUGACAAUGUUGAACAGAAACACUGAAGUGAUUUUGAAUUGUCCUUUUCAAGAGUAUCCGCCAUAUCCAAACUUCACCUGUCUACCUGUUUCUGAACUGAAAUCAAAUAUAUCUGAUGAUGGGUUGCAGUUUGGGUUAUCGCUAAUACAAAAAACAGAUAAGACAUAUACUCAUUUUUUAAACUUUGGAUUCCCUAAAUAUUCUUCAAUCAAUGGUCGGAAAUUCAUUUGGCCGAAAGUAUCCGCUCUUUCACAGCCUUCGGAAGUCGACACAACGUGUGCUGGAUGUGAUGACGAGACAUCAUGUGAGUGUUCACACACCCUGGAUCUCCCUUCUGGCUCCGAGAAUAUCAUGAUUCUUUCUAAUUUAGGAACUGGAAUGGUUAUAUCGCACCCCAUACAUAUGCAUGGUCACACAUACGAGGUUCUAAAAAUGGGAUUCCCUUCCUUUGAUUCCUCUGGUAUUCUUAUUCCCAAUGAAGAUAUAAUGUGUAGUGAAAGCAAACAAAACAACGCUAGCCAAUGUAACAAUGCAAGAUGGAGAAACCCAGCCUGGAACGAUUAUACAAAAAUCCCUGGGGUCAACCUCAUAGAUCCCGUUCGAAAAGACACCGUCGUAGUCCCAGUAGGAGGUUACACCAUUAUCCGAAUUCGAGCCACCAAUCCUGGAGUUUGGUUUAUGCAUUGCCACAUCGAUCCACAUAUGGUAUUUGGGAUGGCACUGAUGCUAAACGAGUCCUUUGAAUAUGUGAAAGAUCUCCCAAUGGGGUUACCGUCUUGCCAUAGCUUUACCAAUAGAGGCUCUCCUGCUGAAGCACAACAACAACAACAGACUCCUGUUAAUAGUGCGACGAUGGGGAUACCUGUUUUGGUGGUAAUUCUCAGUACCAUCCUAAUUGCAACGUUAACAUUGUUGGGUCAUUGUUACAUAUGGAAACGGCGUCAGGGAGAGGCUGCUAUGUAUGGUAAUCCGCAUGAACUGCAAGGAAUGGUCACUGAAGUUGUAACAUGACCGUUAAACUACGAAUAGUAAACUUCUAGUAGACAUGUACCAGAAAUAGAUGAUGAUUAGAAAUGUUUGUGUUACCAUUACAUGUAUUUACCAGUGCGUUCCGUAUUCUCUGUACAUGAAUUGUUUUUGCUUCUCAUUCUUACAAUAUGCAAAAUAUGACCAGCACACAAUUCGACCAUGUAUAACCAUUAAAUUCCAAAAUGAAGCCAUGGUGACCUACUUUGGGGUCAUGACACGCCUCCCCAAGAUGCAUCAAAAGACCAAUUUUGAUUGUCCUAGGCUAGAGAUCGCCCACGCUAACCGAUAUUUGUAGGGCCUUACCAUCAUACUUUUUCUCCAGGCACGUCGUAGUCAGGUCAGCCUCGUUUUCGGAUUUUAAUGGCUGAAUAGAGUCAAUUUUGCAAUACAUGUAUAUGAUACAGACACAGUUGGAGUAUCUAUAGCCAUAAAAUUCCAGAAAAAAGCCACAGCGAUCUAUUCUUGGGUCACGACACUCCUUUCUUCAAGAUUCAUCCGCUAACCAGGUUUGUUAGUCCAAGGUCGCAAAGUUUGAAAUACACGGCCCAAGCAUGAAAAAGCCAAAAGACGGACAGACAGAGAGACAGAUGAAUGGGAAAGUCCAAACCAUAAUUUGACCCAUCAAAGCACGGGCGUAUAUUAAUAUAAAAGAACAUUUUCAUUCAUUCAUUCAUUGAAUAUUGUUUUACGUCCCUCUCGAGAAUAUUUUGCUCAUAUGGAGACGUCACCAAUGCACUGACGGUGAAGGGCUGCGAAAUUUAGGCCUAUGCUCGGUGCUUAUGACCAUUGAACAGGGGGGGGG